UCAUAAGAGAGUCAGAUGUCAGUCGCGAAACAUACCAAUUGUCAGAAUAUUUUAAAUAUUAAAUAUAUUAAAAACAACAGUUCCGUAUUAAAGAUAAUUAUUAUUAUUUGAAUGAUUAACGGUUACACAAGUUUGAAAACAAAGUGAAUUGGAAAAUAAAGGGAACAUAAUGUCGUUAUUUAAACGCAUUAAAAGGUCUUUGACUGGAUCGAAACGAACGGAUGAUAACAAAUCUCGUGCGGUGAUUAGUAACAAUAACGAAACUAUUACAACGUUUGAUCCUCAAAAACCACCUCCUGUGAUAACUGAGCUUGAGGUUAAAAUACUCAAAGACUGCUGGAAAAUAGUUAAACAGGAUGUUGGAAAAGUUGGGAUUAUUACGUUUGUCGGUCUGUUCGAGACCCAUCCAGACGUGCACGAUGCGUUCAUGUCAUUCCGGGCAGUUAACACAUCUGACCUCGAAUACAACGCAAUUCUUCGUGCGCAUGCGCUAAGAGUAAUGGGAACAGUGGACAAGUGUAUCUAUAGACUUGACAACAGGGAAAAAUUCGGAGAGAUUAUGACAGAAUUGGGAAUUCGUCACAAGAAUUAUUCCGUGAAAAUUGAAUUCAUUGAUUUGAUUGGUAUACAGUUUAUCAGCUCAAUCAAGCCCCAUUUAGAAACAGUGUGGACAGGCGAACAUGAGAAAGCUUGGGAUCAUCUAUUCAUGCUCAUGUGCUACUACAUGAAGAAAGGAAUGUGUAGUAUAUGAGGAACAUUUAACUAUAUGAAGAAAUGUGUUAGUGAUAGAAGUGUAUAUAAAACAGUAUUAUGCAACUGUUGACAAUAUACCGGAUAAAUCGUUAAGAAUCAGCAUGAUGAUAAAUCUGAUGGAAUAUUCUGUUGUUAAAUUGAAAGUUUUGACUUAUUCAUUAUUGAAUAAGCAUGCGUACUAAAAGUCAUUCCUUUGAACACUUUCAAUACAUCAUUUUGGAGUAUCCCUCGUAGAUUAUAAUAUAAACAUUUGCAAAUUGUAGAUGUUUCUACCACACUGCAUACGUUAUCCUUUCUCAGUUGCAAAUGCUUGAAAACCUGUGACACGUGUAGAUUAUGGAUGUGAUUGUGUUAUGUAUAUAAACGUAUAAACACCCAUUGUUGUGAUAAAGAAUUGGCUUCUGUGAAGACGUCUUAAGAAUUUCAUUGAAGUAUGAUGAACCGAAAACUAUGUAAAGAAUGUAGCAACUACUGCACCCACAUACCGAGUAAUAAAAUUAUAAAGGAGAGUCUUAGUUCUAGUGAAUUAUUUCAGUCACGCGGAAAGUGGGUGCAGUAACUGUUUAAUCCUUGUUACUGUUACUGUAUCAGUUUGUCGAGGACAACACACAAUACGCAGCGUGUGUAUGUAUGUUAAAGGGUCGAAAUCAUCAUAUUGAUAUUUGUAUCACGGUUAAACUCCGCUUUUUUGUUACCGUUCAGAUAUGGGUGUAAAUAUAUUAUUAAUAAUAAAGAAGACAAUCCCAAACAUGGUAAAAAAACUGUCUUAGUAAUAUGUUAUUGUAUUGACUUUUGAGCUUAUCAGUGGAGUUUAUAUUUUCUUUGUUAUGCAAAUAAACAUUUAUACACAA